AAUAACUCCGCGCUUAUUCUGCACUUUUUUCUCUCUUUCUGUCUCUCUCUCCUUUGCACGGAGGAAAUGGCCGUGAUUUAUCCUGAAGCAGAAGAGUCUGUGUCUCCUCACGACGCCCUCUUGCCAUGGCUCCUGAAGAUUAAGGAGGCACUCGAUGAUUGGUACUCAGGAAAUGGCUCUGGUGCAGAUCUGGAUAAGCUUCUGGGGGACUGCAUAUCGACAUUCAAGCACAAAGCUCAGUACCAAAACGACAUCAGAUUCCUCAAGAUUUGGUUUCUCUACCUGGAGGGUAGUAAAGAUUUUGAGAAGGUUUUUAGAGAAAUGGAGGAGAGCAAAAUAUGUGUUGGCCAUUCUUUGCUAUAUGAAUGGUAUGCAGUGUUUCUUGAAGCAAAAGGGAAGUGGCAAGAGGCACAUAUGGUAUACCAAAUUGGCAUUUCAAGGAAAGCCAAACCACUUGAGAGAUUAAAAGGAGCGGAGUCCUUAUUUCUAAAUAGGAUGUCUGAAAGGGUCAAUGCUUCCUCUCUCCAGAAGCAGAUGGAUGGCAGAGGAUCUCUUGAGUAUGUAGAAAAUCAUAUUAAUCCAUGGUCCUCCUCCACCAUAACCAACUUAAUGAAGAAGAUAAAUCCUGAAAUUAUGAAAUAUAAGGGAUACCAAUCAAGUAAUAAAGCUUAUCCUGGGAAGGUGUGCUUAUCUUCAUUGCAGAAGUCCUCCAGAAAUAAGAUAAUUGAAAUCGGGGGAAAGAAAUACCAGAUCAAGGGUUGUGCUGGUCAGGGUGGUUUUGCUCAAGUAUUUAAGGCACAUGAGAAUAGUAAUCCUGAUGACGUCGUAGCAUUGAAGAUACAAAAGCCUCCUUUCCCAUGGGAAUUCUACUUAUAUCGUCAACUUGAUCAGCGCAUUUCAGAUAAACAAAGGUCAAUCUUCGGUUUUGCUCACCGAAUGCAUCUAUAUACCGAUUAUAGUAUACUGGUUUGUGGCUAUCUAUCUCAUGGAACUCUCCAGGAUGUUAUAAAUUCAUACGUGGUGAUCGGCAAAUCAAUGGAAGAAGUACUAUGUAUUUACUACACCAUAGAGAUGCUCUACAUGUUGGAAACUUUGCAUAGUGUUGGCAUCAUUCAUGGUGAUUUCAAGCCUGAUAAUCUUCUUGUUCAGUAUUCUAGGGAGGACCUUACAGAGGAUGACUUCUAUGAUCGAAGUGGACCUUGGCGUGACCAGGGUCUUUGCCUUGUUGACUUUGGGAGAGGAAUAGAUCUGCGUCUUUUUCCUGACAAUGUGGAAUUUAAGGGCGACUGUCGGACAUCUAGCUUUCGGUGUGUUGAAAUGCAGGAGAAUAGACUGUGGAAAUUUCAGGUGGAUGCAUAUUGCCUCUGUGGUGUUGUCCAUAUGAUGCUUCACAACUCCUAUAUGGAGGUUGUAAAGAAAGCAUCAUCCAGUGGCGACUACAUUUAUAAACCUAGAUCAUCUCUUAGACGAUACUGGAAUGUCGACUUGUGGGAAAAUCUCUUCACAAAGCUGCUUAACAGUAGCCAUGGAAAUGAUGACACAAAAUUGCUGCGGAGUUUGAGGGAGUCCUUUCAGUGGUACAUCCAUGAUAACCCUGAGCUCUUAAAGAAACUAAAGCAAUUAUUGGCAAAGCAAAGGGCGUCUUUGUGUUCUUCUUAGUGUAUAUUAUAUCAUUUCUUCAGAAUCCACCCUAAAAGUGAAUAUAAAUAAUUUUAGGAAGUAAAUAUUUUUUUUUUGAAAUCAGUCUGUUGUCCAAAAGGAACUUUGUGCGCACUAGUCAUUCUGGCAAUGUAUUUACUUAAUGUCUCCUUAGAUAAAGAAAGAUGUCUCCUUGUAAAGAUUAGUAUUGUAACCA